GCUGCUGUACUGACGAUAUCGGUGACUAUAGCUACGGACAAGCGGGCAUGAGGAUGACGGUGGCGGUGGCUGCAGUAUUGAAUCAACAUCCGCGCACGAACCAUCGCCUCCGUUGACCGAAUAUAACUAUUUCUACUUCCAAUAUUAUUAUUAUUAUUAUUGAUAUCAUUCCGUAUUCACCUCGUCCGGUCGUUCUUAAAUAUUAUCACACAAUAUCGUAUAGUAUUUCACCAAUUAAAAAUGCAGACCACUCGAUUUUCAGUCGGCGCGCUAAUGGUAAUGUCACUCAUAAUAACCGGAUGCCUUUGCAGACCACAGGAUUCCAAUAGUAAAUCGUUAAAGGAGUCCGUCCCGGGUGGAGCCAAACCGCUGGAAAGUGUGACCGGGCCGACAAUUCCAUCCAGCCGGAUGGACAGACUUCAGAAGCCCUCACAAGUGUUGAACAUGGGUUUCGACGAGAUCGUCGUCGAGUCAAAUUUACAAGUGCACAACCGAGUUGGAUCUAAAAACAAAUCAAAAAUCAUGUUGCCUUCUAACUCGACGGCUACUCCGAUGCAAACCAACAAAUCGGCCAGAUCGUUGUUGGUGUGACGCGUGCGCCGACGUAUUUACAACUAAAACCAUAUAAACAUUAAACACAGAUAUAUAAGAACACAAUGUACCUAUACCGGUCUUAAUAUUAUUUAACAUAAGCCACGCACAAUGUUUUAACCCGGAUAAUGUAUUUCUAUUCAAAACGCAUCGCAUUUCGAUCUACGUUACGUUCAACAAUUAAUGCACCGAACAUGUUUGCAAUAAUAAAAUAAUAUAAUUUAAUAUAUUAUUAUAUUCAUUUAUGAGUUUCAUAUAAAAUACAAACAUGAGUUUAAUGUCGAGUUGUACAAUUAUGCGUGUAAAGAGUAUAAUUUAUAUGAUUGUUUAUCGAAAUUAAAAUAUAAAAAAUUUGACCUUUACAUAAAAUAAUAUGCUUUCACAACUAGUUUUCUUCCUUCGUAGAUUUCUCUGAGAUCUUUGUUGUUGUUUUUUUUUCAUCACCUAUAUAAUAUAUUAUAUAAAUAACAAUUUACGAUAAGAUUAAAAAAGUUUUUGAUUUGCAUAUUAUUGAAACAAUAUUAAAACAUUUUCAAUGAAUAAUCUAAAUUAUAUUAUAAUAUGUUUCUAAGAACUACAGUUAAUCCAGAUUAUAACUAUUAUUUUGUGUUUGUAUAUAAUAAGAAAAAAAAUAUAAUACAUAAUAAGCCGAGUCUUAAGAAACUUUUAAGUUAUUCAACACUUUUUUUACACUGUAUACUUGUUUCAGUUACUUAAUAUAAUGUUAAUUAAAAUUAUA